UGUAAGUUUGCACUCCCUUGCAAAAAUAAGAGGAAUAAUUACAAUUGCAAUGUUUUUAUAUAGAACUGUCCUGAUGAAGCUGCUUUACGUAACAGAAUAUACUUGCGUUUAUUCCACAAUAACUUAAAUAUGACAAAUAGGCCUGUUCAAAAAAUUGAUUGUUAUGAUGUUUAAAUUCCUGCAUGAUCAUUGACUGUAUUUUUGGUGAGUUCAUGAGGGCUCUUUUAGUGAGGUUAGAUUAACUGUACCCUGAAUGUUAAUAUUGAGCCCCAUUUUAGAACCAGGGUGGCAUGCAGAUAAACUUUAUUGUUAAAAAAACAAAUAAAUAAAUCUACACCGUGUUAACAUAUUAUUAAUUCAUUAGUGCAUUUACGUCCUUUUAGAACCAAUCUAUUAAAUUAGAUCUUCUCUGCACUUUCAGAUUGACAAGUCUGUGCUCUCUGUUAUGACUGAUCAGCAAAUAGCAAAGUAUAUUCAUUCAUAUGGUGACCGACUGGCUGUGGUCUCCUUCUGUCAACGAACAGCAGCCUGCACUGAUAAAGAAUCUCUGUUACAGAAUUUGAGAGAUAAAAUUGAAGCAAGGAAACUGGGAUCAAAGUCAGCUAAAACUUUGAAUGUUAAAGCAUGUGUCUUCCCCAAGGAAAAGAAUGCAUUGUCAAGACCCAAAAAUGUGUCUGCAGAAAAAACCUCCAGAAGAAUUGAAAUUGGAUGGCUUCACUUCUGCCGUAAUGGAUACCAACAAGUGAGGACCAGUAAUGGUGGUGGCACUAGACAUGUGACAGUUAAAAAAAAAAACAACUGUUUUACAAAUCAUGGAAAUGGGAAAGAAUCUUUUUUUCCCAAAUGGCCAGUCACCAAAAGGUCCAGAGACAGACUUCACUUUUCAUGUUUGUGAUUUUAAAAGAAACCAAAUUCCCUUGGAUAGCACUGUUGGAAAUCUGUAUGAACAAACAAAACUGAAAAUGUUGAGAUUUUACGUUUGCACUAAACAGGAGGUGUGUCUCACAGAUGUAGAAUCUUUAUCUGAUGGAGAAAAAGAGGAAUGUAAUGAACACUCAUUACUACAGGAUGGAGUAGACAGUGAUACUGAGAGACCUGCUGCAAAACUGUUAUCACAUGGACGUGACAGUGAUUCUGAGGAUUCAAGCAUACAUUUAUUGGAUGACAGACUUUCAUCUAACAGAGACACCAAGAGGAAGAGACAAGAAAGCAUUAGAGCACAGAGAACAAGAGGAAUGGAGGGUGUUCCACAGAGUGGUUUGACCUUCGAGAACACGGGGAUAGAGACACCCAGCACUUCACACAGCUCCCUUUCAUCACCUAAAAAUACCAAAAGAGCACGCAGAGUCCAAACACUCUCAAGCACCUCAAGUGACGACGUGGAGAAUUGUGAAUUGUGGAAUCAAAGUGUGCAGCAACCGAACAGUCCACAGCAUUCACAUGAGCUCUGUAAUGUUCAAAGAGGCUAUGAAUUAAUUGACUUGACCAAUCAGAUUCCUACACAUCACAACAAUAUAUUUGAAACCGAUGGAGAUGAUGACACAGUUGAGUGGAAUGAAGAUGAUGAACUUGGACAAACAGAUGAAGACCAAACAACUGUGAUAACAUUGAAUCUGAAUGCAGAGCUGAAUGAAGCUGUAACUGAGGUACCAUCACCACUCUCAAGUAAUAGCAAUGCUGUACUGCUGAAUGCAGAGAUGAAAGAAGCUGAAACUGAGGUACCAUCCCCACCCUCAAGUAAUCCUGUACUGCUGAUGGGUAACGAAAUGCUUUCCGCACCAGAAGAUUUGCCAUCACAUUCAAGAAACCACCUUUCUCCUACAAUUUCAUCUGGAAACUCAGAAAAUUCAAAAGAUGUGCAUGCUUUAAUACACAGGGUGAAGGUUGUAGAAGAUCUUCUGGCUGUGUUCAUGGAUAGCAGCAUAAUUCAAUCUAACUCUGAAGAUGGAAUUUGUAAAUGA